UUUUUAGAGAAAAUUGUUUUUUUCUGGUGUAGUGGGUUAAAUUUAAUUUUUGAAGUAAGGUGGGCGUGGGUUCGAACCCCUUAUCGGGUAACCUUUUUAUUUUGUGAAGAAAUAGCCCGGGAAAUGUUUUGGAAAAUAUCUUUUAUUGAAAAUAAAAAAUUACGUCUUUGGUGUAGUGGGUUAAACUUGAUUUAAUGGAAAAAAGUAGUUGGAGGUUCGAACCCAUCACCGGGUAUGAAUGGACAAUAAUGGAAUGCAGUGAAUGUGGUACUCAUAUUGGUUGGCGUUUUACUACCUCAUCAGAAGAUCUUACUCCAAGCCAGUUUUUUGGAAUUUCUAGACGCUCUUUUAAAUUAGCUUAUCAAAAAGAGGAGGAAUAA